AUGUUGUCAGUUAAUAACAAUAACAAUCAAGCACAUGGUUAUUCAAUCAAUAGAUUAUUAUCACAAGAAGAUCAAAACCAAGAAUGUUCAUCGACCGAUUUAUUCAAUACACCUCCGAAAAAUCGUGCUAGACGUGCACGAACUUAUUUCGAUGAUCGUGCAAUACUAAUAUUAGAAGAGUCAUUUUUGAAAGAACAAUAUCCCGAUAUAUAUCGACGUGAAACACUAGCCAGAGAUGUUGGUACAACUGAAGCGAGAGUACAGGUAUGGUUUCAAAAUAAACGAUCACGAUGUCGCAAACGUUUAGCUAAACAACAACCGCAACAAGGACGUUUAGACAACAGUGAUACAGAAUCAAGAUCCUCAUCUUCACGAUUAAGUUUACCACUAAUAUCAAAAGAUGAAAAUACUGAUCCUGAAUUCAAUUCGAUAGUUCCACGUCGUCGUCGUUCAAAACAACAACGUCCAAUCAUUCAAACAACAAUGCCUACACAACAUAAAUCAACGGAAAAUAGUUUAACGUCUACAUUAUCAUUAUUAAAUUUACCAUCAUUGUAUCCACAAUUAAAUCAAUAUGCUCCCUUUACUCAAUCAUCAAUUAUAGCGAGUCAAUUACAAUUGUUAACAAAUCAAAUGUUUUUACAACAAUUCUAUUAA